GCCAUUUUUGGGCUCCCAGAAUAUGUACUUUGUAUUUAUUCAACUCCUAUCAAGUGGGUCUGCUUGGUUUGCCAUAAUCCUUAUGGUUGUUACUUGUCUAUUUCUUGAUGUUGUGAAGAAGGUAUUUGAUCGACAACUCCAUCCUACAAGUACUGAAAAGGCACAAAUGUACUCCAACACUGUCGCUUUAAGUGAUGAGUUCAUCGCACUGCAGCCUUUGUCGAGGGCAAGGAAUCAGCUGAGCAGACUUAGCUUACUGAAGCAAAUUCAAGUAUCAAGUGCUUGGACUCCAUGUGCUGUUUCCCAGAAGGAGAAACAGCAUGCAUGUCUGUUGGAAGAAUGCUGGAACGAGUUAUAGGAAGAUGUAGUCCCACCCACAUCAGCAGAUCAUGGAGUGCAUCGGAUCCUUUCUAUACCAACGACAGGAGCAUCUUGACCCUCUCCACAAUGGACUCAUCUGCUUGUUAAAGGGGCUAUAGUACUUUGUGGGAGUGAUUUCACCUCCUUUCCUCAGAUUUGGGGUGGUCAUCCUGUAACUGGCCACUCUAGCUCUGAAAUUACUUCUGGCAUCUCUAACUUAUUUCAUGCCCACUCAGAGUUACAGUGGCAGACAAACAGAAACAUUAACAUGAACUCCUUCUUUCCCCUUAAUUUGAAUCUGAACUUGUUAAAAUUUGUGAAUAAAGAGAUAUUUUUAAUCUGUCUGGGUUGUCCCUUUUGCUAAUGGGACUCCUAAUGGCAUUUCAGCCUGUUGCUGAGGCCACUAUAUUUUAAUAUUAAGGUAGAAAAAGAGAUAACUCUUAGUUAUGUGUAUUUUUUAGGAUUAGCUGGGUUAUGCAAUCCUCUGUUUAAACCUGCAUCUGUAAAUUAUGCUGAAGGUUUGCCUUGAAAACUUUAUUUUUUUAUUAGAAUUAUAUUUGAAGCUUUUCCUUGGAAAAGUUAAUGUGAAUAUUAAGGAAUUUUGGUCCCUCGGUGACCUGAGUUGUUAAUUCGUUAGUGCUUUUUAAGUUCACAGAGCAAAUUAGGAGAAUGCAUUUCCAACCAUUAUUUACUGCAUAGUAGGUAGUAAAUUUAUACUGAUGCCAAAUUUCUCUAAAUAUACUGUAACACAACCAGUGAAGUUAACCAUAUAAAUGCAAAGGGAAUAGCAUAUCUUAUAUUCAAAUCAGAAAUCAGGUCCAUUCACCAAUUUGCAAAUUAAUGAGUUUACUAAUAUUUUUGUGACCAAAUAUGGAGAACCCAUAGUGAAUAAAUUAGAUAGCAUUAUCAUAAUUUAAUGUCUGUUACCAUUGGAUCUUUUGCAUGCUUUAACCUGGAUAAUUAAAUUUCCUUUUUUUCUCUCCUUAUCCAAAGGCUCUGUUUAUAGUUAUUUUGUGAUGAUGUUGUAAAGUUCAACUAUAUCAAUAAAAAACCAAGUUUGGACAGUAUUUAAAUAUUGCAAAUACUUUUAAUUAUACAAAUCAAUGUAUGACUAAUUCAGUGAAAACAGGAAUGCCUCUUUCUAUGGCCAAUUGAGAAUUGUUCUUGCCUUUCUAUAAGCUGAACUUUAGAAUAAAAGAUUUUUCUUAAGAAUCUUGCUGUUUCUAGUUUAAUACAUGUUACCUAAGUUACAGCAGACCACCAUAGUAAAGUGAAUUCUGCCAGUGGCCCCCUUGUAAGGUAUGUUGUCAUGUGUGGCUAUGGAAAGAAAAUGAAACAAAUUAUAAGAUGCAAAAGGUUUAUUGGCAAAAAGAAUUUUAGCAGCAGUAAAUUAGAAUACUAAGAAUGAUUAAUCAAACUCAUUGCACUCAAAACAUCUCCAACCCAAAUUUACCAUAUAGAUUCAGCAUCGUUUUAAGAUUUGUAAGUAAUUAUUAGUUUAAAAACUUACCUAGCUGUAAGCAUGUAAUACAUAUGCAUAUAAAAUGAUAAGAAAAUGGUUAAAUGAGGUUUUGCCAGAUGUUCCCUUGAGAAUAGUAAUUCCUUCACAAUUAAUUGUUAAACUGUCCAUUCUUUUCCCAUUUCAUGAAUAGAAGAUGUCUGGGCUUGGACUGGUAUGGAAAGAGUGGCAGAAGAGAAUUAAGACUUUACCCUUGUUUGCUAGUAAAUACUUGCUUGUCUCUUUCAAUAAUGCAAGGCUGGUAGGUUACCCAUCUCAUAAAUAGUCCUUCAACUUUGAUACUCCAAAGUUAGGUUUAGGAAGCUCUGUUAUUUUGGAAAUACAUUAUACAAUGUGUAAUAAAUACACUCACCUAUUCAUGUUCCAGAGAUGAAAUAUUCAGUAGAAUAGUUUAGUGGAGUAUAUAAAAUUUUUUUCCUUCUUAAAAGUCAAGUUAACAAACAUGCAUAUUAACAAAAUGAUAUUCAGUAGGCCUACAAGACAUCUACCUUACAGUGUUAUGUGUACCAUCAAAUAAACUGACUACUGACAAAGGACUGCAAAAGCAUUAAGUAGUCCCUGAUCCAUUGUAGCAAAACAGGAAGUCAGCCAGCCUAGGUGGGCCUAUAACGUGACUUACUAUAAUUUUCUGCAUUCAUCAUUUGCAGUUAAAGAGUUUUUUAUUUUGUUUUGGUGGUGCAAAAGAUCAAACUCAGGGCUUCAUGUAAGCAGAUAUUCUAUCACUGAGCUACAUCUCCAGCACUUCAUUUUUUUUACAAAAAAAAAAAGUUUUUGAAUAAGUAGGGCCAGUGAGUAGCUAAGUGUAGAACACUUACCUAGCAUGGAUGAGGCCCUAGGUUCCAUCCUCACACCUCAAAAAAUAAGCAACAUCUAUUGAGUUGCUCACCCUGCUUUGCUGUUUAAAACACACUCCAUUUUUUGAGGAAUACUGUCUUGUAAUUUUAAGAAAAGGGUUUCCUUAUAUUUAUUUAAGAAAGUAAUAAUGCAGUCAACAGUUUUCUAGUUCUGAUAUUCAUAUUGUAAACCUUUACUACAUAAACACUAAUUACAGAAAAGUUUCCCAUUGGCCUAUUUCUUUCAAAUUCUUCAGAAACUCCGAUAUUGGUAAUGAACUUACUGUAAUCUGCAGAACCAGAGUAAAAUGCUAAAUGUGUUACUGCUUAGUUAACUAAUGGUCUCAAAUCUCUUCGCCCCACAUGCUUGCCUUUGCGUCAGCUAAAGAGUUGUAGGCCUGAGAUAAUGACAAGCAGCAAGUUAGUUUCCACAGUUGCCGGUCAGCAGCUUCAGGUGCCUCAGCAGGCUGCCAGACAGAGUAGAGUGUGGGCCAGCGAGAACAACAGCUACCAGGCUUGCUCUGAGCCUGAGGAGAGAGGGCAGAGCUAGUGGUCUCCUUUGCUCCAACUCCUCCUUCGGUCCAAAGCUUCGGGGUGUAUAAAGGCCUUCCGAACUGACCCGCAGCCUGGCACUGGCCUGAGAAGGAGAUUAAACAGGGAAGUCACCCUCUUGGAAACACCUGCAUUCAGCCCUCUUUCUAGGACCGAGACUGAGGCUUCUCUGCUGCACAAGAUUGUGGAACUGAACUUGUCUGAGAAGUUUAAGACUCCUGGUAGGAGUCAAGAGCACCAAAAAAUUUACAGUUAAGAGCAGAAAGUGUUCAAAAUGUGCUACUCUGAAGACCUCAUGGAGGCUGGAAGGCAAGGAGGAUCUUCCACGCUGUUUUCCCUAUAAAAAUCAACUUGUAGUUUGAUAUAAGCAGGUUUUAAUAAAACUAACAAGCCAAACAGUUUUGUGUAAGACAUACAUGUUUUAUUAAUUUUUGUCCUUUGUAGACAUUUUUAUUUCUAUCUUAAAAUGAGUCACCUAUUUUCAUAAAAAUACAAUAUUAAAUGUUUAGUGUGAAAUAAUUUUAAUGAUUUUUCCAACAAAAAAAUCAUAAUGAUGUUUAUAAUAAUGGUGAUUGUUAGAUUUUUAUGAGGAGUGAGUACCUGGAAAUUCUGUAUCAAUAUUUAGUUUAAAAUUUUGGAGCUCAGACACUGUGGCUAUCUAUAAUGUAAUCCUUUAAAAUCUAUGUUGUCCAUAAUUAGAGCAUCUUUAGUAUCCUCAUUGUAUAGCUCUCGGUAAUUUUAUAAAGUUUAUCAAAUUAUAUUUAUCAAAUAAAAAUUUUCCUAUUUAAUUGAAAGUGUUUCUCAUUAUUUUAGCAUUUUAAGUU